ACUUAGUGUACCACAUACACCAAGUAAGAAAACAAUAUCUAGACCUUGAAUUAACCAGAGUUUGAAACAUGAUACUAUACUCUAACCCUUAAAGAAUAAAAUCUAAGUCCUAUUUGUACAAAUCUUAUACAAUAUGCCAAUCAAUAGUCAGGGAGCAUAUUUUUUACAUUAUCUCGUUGUUUGACAAUUUUUGUAGAACAACUUUUUGUGUAUGAGCCUAACACAAACUAGGUGCAGAACAAACAAACUUAAUCUCAAAAUGGUUUCCAAGGUCAUGUUUAUCGUAGUGGUAUCUUUGAUUCUUCGAAAGCAAGUUCACCACGAGCUAGAAAGAGAGCUUUUAAGGAAUGGCAACUCACGACACUUUGUCUUAACCAUCAUUUUGACAUAUGUUUAAAAGCGGAAAGCAAUAAACCCCCUUAUGAACCAAAAACUCCAAGAGGUAUGGCCAAAUGAACUCUCUAUGAGUACACCAUCAAGAUGCGAAUAUUUCUUCUAGCAUUGUUCCCCAAUAACUAUUCCAAAUUUUGAGUUACGGACUCCACUAUUCAUACGCCCAAAAUGUUGCACGUUUUGAGGGAUAGGAUAACGAAAAUCUUGUCGAGUACUUUAAAGUGUGUCUAGAGACAUGUGAUUCUGCAAAACAUCCGGGUGUUGAGCUAGAUGCAAUCAGGUUACGCCUCUUUCCUUUCUCCAUAUGGGAGGAAGCAAAGAGCUUACUAAUUCACCAAUGUCCUGAAUCUUGAUAUUUUUCAGACGCGGGACGAUCUCGUCCAACCUUUCAUAUAAGUAUUCUUUUCUCUAUAUAUAACCGAUAAUAUGAGAGAUCAGAUUGUACACUUCAACCAAUGUACCUAUGAAAUUUGUAUGGUGUUUGGGAGUGAUUUUAAUAAUUUCUUAGAGCAUCCCAUCACCAUGAUUUUGGACACGUACAACUUGCGCUACUUUGUCAUGUAUGUUGUUAUACCCAAGUCUAUCGAGAAAAAUAGUCAAACUAAUUACCCUACAGUCAACAUAUUGCUGCAUUUGCAUGGAAAAACAAACAUAAACACACAACACAACAUAUGAGGAACACCACAUGACCAUGAAACUUGGUUUAUUUUAUGAGCUUAUCCGACCUCGGUGCGGACAAUCUCUACAAUUUUCAUUGCAUGGCAGCAGCAAUUAGACAUGGCAAUCAGGUCGGUUGGGUAAUUUUGGGUUGGGGUCUCGCGUCAUAUUGGGUUGGUUAAUUUCAGGUUAAAUAUUGACCAAACUCAUCAAGUUUCGGGUUGGGUUAAAGUCGUUUCGGGUUAUGAGCGCUCUCAGAAAUGAUAUCAAACAUGCUUCAUAUUUUUUUAUAGCAAAAAAAAAAAAAAAAAACUUCACACAAUAAUUUACCUCACAUAUGUCAAUUAAAAUAUUCUCAAAUCCUCCCAUGCUAAUGAAAUGAAAUACAAAUUGCACAAAUCGUCAAAAAAAAAAAAAUCAUAAGAGUAAUACUACUACAAGAAAUACAUGAUAUUUGAUUAUCUUUAAACUCCAAACAGUAUUUCAAAUCCUUAUGAUUUCUUUAAACAUCUCACCAAUUUAUAAGUGAUUUUAUCAUUUUAGAAGUGACAUAUGAAAUGGAACGGGCCGACUCGCUAACCCACCCACUGCAACCCAAAAAAAUCACGGGUUAAUCGAGUUCGGGUCAUUCAGAUUUCGGAUUAUAAAAACUUCUAUUUUUCGGGCGGGUUCGUAGCGGGUCAACGGGUCGGUUGCAAUUGAGGCCCACCAUCACCAGUGAGUGGAGGACUGGGUUGGGCUGAAAUCCCAGCUUUAGAGUUCAUAGGGCCCAAACUUUCCUUUUCAACAUGACGGGCCCAGUCCAUCCUAGACUGCAAUACAUAACGGCUAUAUUUUGUACUGUAAUCCACUAGAUCGCUCCACCGCCCCAAAUGUCAAGUCGGCCCUCCUCGCGUUCCAUAUCAACCGUCCGAUCUGAAUCGAGAAAGAAAUGAUUCAUUCUUAUUCUCUUUCCCAAUCAGCCCGCCCGUUAAGCGCUUACUUCGCCCCCUUCACCUAAAAAGGCAAACGGCCAUGUUUGUUUUCCCCUCUCUCUCUCUCUCUUCCUCGCUUUACCAAUACUUUUGAGGAAAUUCAACAACUCCGACCACCGCCAUGACCGCCGCCAGUGCCGCCGUUUCCUCCUCCAAGAAGUUGAUGAAGUUCACCCUCUCUAUCUUCUGGCCUCGCUUCAACUCCUCCAAAUGUAAAAUGGCGGCGAAGAUGACGGUGGCGAGGAUAAAGCUGCUAAGGAACAAGAGACAGACGGUGGUGCGGCAGAUGCGAAGAGACGUCGCUUUGCUUCUUCAGUCUGGCCAGGAUGCUACUGCUCGUAUCCGGGUUGAGCAUGUGAUCCAUGAGCAGAAUGUUUUGGCUGCAAAUGAGUUCAUUGAGUUGUUCUGUGAGCUACUAGUGUCCAGACUUUCAAUCAUCUCAAAGCAAAGGGAUUGUCCAGCAGACCUGAAAGAAGGAAUUGCCAGUUUGAUGUUUGCUGCCCCAAGGUGCUCUGAGAUCCCAGAACUAGUCGCAUUGAAAGACAUUUUUCAGAAAAAGUAUGGGACUGAUUUUGUGAAUGCUGCAACGGAUUUGAGACCAGAUUGUGGGGUUAAUCGCAUGUUAAUCGACAAGCUCUCUGUCAGACCUCCCAGCGGUGAAGUGAAGCUCAAAGUCAUGAAAGAGAUUGCCAAAGAGUAUCAGGUGGAUUGGGAUACAGCAGAGUCUGAGAAGGAGCUCCUCAAGCCCCCAGAAGAACUCAUAGAUGGACCUUCCACUUUUGCCAGUGCUUCCAGCUUCCCAGUUAAGCUACAGCCGAGUAACUCUGUUGACCCACAUAAACGAACCACCACCAGAUCAACUAAUGAAGGCCAACCUGGUGAUGCUUAUUUUGGAGAUGCUGCAACUGCCGCUGAUGCAGCUGCAGAAUCCGCAAAGCAAGCAAUUGCAGCUGCACAAGCUGCGGCUUACUUAGCUGACAGGGAGAGGAAUCGGUCUGAUACCAGUCCAGGAAUGAAGGAUGACUAUCAUCAGAACUUCAGUGGGUCUUCCGACUGUCCAGGCAAUGAAGGUUUCAGGAGGUACAGCUACAAUGAUGCGCCACCGCCAGCAACAAAGAUGGUUGACGGUGAUCAUCUUCCCUAUACAAGAAGACACAGCUACAAUGGGAUGAUGGCAGUGCAGGAGGAUGACCGAAAUGUCCACGGUGGCACACACGAUCAUGACCAGCGAUGCUCCUCUCGGGAUUCUAACAUUCUGUUUGAUGAAUCUGACUGUGACGAAGAGAUUGAAAUGGAAAACCCAAGUCCAAGUGGUGGUGCUGCUGCUGGUUGUCCGCCUCCUCCUGUGCGUCUUCCACCACCUGUCCCUGCAGUUCAUCAUCCUAAAUUGCCAGACUAUGAUCAACUUGCUGCUCGCUUUGAAGCUCUCAAGUAUCGCAAACCAAAAGCUUAGACAGCCUUCUGACCUCAUUUUGCACAAGUCCUUUUUGCUUCAUGCAUGGAAAUUAUUCUAUAUUGUAUACAUCAUGACUUAAAUCUCUGUAAUAUCCAUACCAGAUAUGCAAUCAUUUGUAUUACACGACUUGCUGAGUUGGUUCGUGCUAUAUUUUCCGAGGAACUCUUUCGUAUGUGCAUUGCGCUAUUAGCUGUGUACGACAGGAAGAAAACCAACAUACUUAACUGGUGCUUCGAAUCAUAAAGUGAUUGGGUAUUCCAUCUCCAUUCUGGCCGCAACUGCUUUGCAUCCCUUGCUUUGCAAAUAGUUACAGCUUCGCUCUAAUGGGUUACAUAACACCCACAGGCCACAGUGAUACAACAGUUUCUUUCAUCCUCGUUAGCAUACAAAUUACACACAUGACGUAGCAGACUUGCUGAGAUUUAUCCCAGAGUACAAACAACAUUACUUAAGUCAAGAACACAAUUGCCUUAUCCCCUAACUGCAGAUCCUCCUAAAGAAGCGGCAAACUGAAACCUGGCAAGUGUCGUUCUUUUCCAAAGAGGAGACAAAUGGAUUGAUUGGUGAACAAACUGUCUUCCUAUGGACUCUAUUGUGAAUACUCUGCACACAAGUAAAUCUACAAUGAAACA